AUGAACGAAAGUGUCAGUCAGCGGCAGCCCCAACGGCAACAGGGACACGAACAGAAUCACGAACAGACUACGUUGGUUGCAGCGCGGCUACGGGACUUGAGCGUAGAAGAUCAGGGCAAUUUGCACACCAAGGCACUUGACGAGUCUCAUCAUGUGGAUCUGCAAGGGAAAAGUAUCCAUUCGCACAAGAAAAAGCCAGUUAUACAUGGGAGAAAGGCUUCGACGUACUUGAGGGUGUUUGAUGAUAAUGAUACCGAUGAGCAUAUCGACGAGCACAGACUACGGAGCUAUUCGAGUGGAGGAUUGGGAGCAGGUUCUCAUCAGAGUGGUAUGGUACACAGAUCCAACUCGUAUAUGAAGGCUAGUGUGGACCAACGGCCUGUGUUGAAGAAUACUCUGAAACCCAUUGAUGAGCCAGCAAAUGUAGACAGUCUGGCGUUGCAGCCACAGACAUCGGCCUCGGCUAUAUACUUAACGGAUGAAGAUCGUAAUGUUUUAUCUAGUCAUAAUGAUAUCUCUAUAAUCGAUGAGAAGGAUAAAACUACAAUGAGCAUGUUCGAGCCAGAGGUCGUGGUGCCGUCUAUUCACAUUGGUGCAGCAAGGAAUGAAAAGAUCCCAACGGAACAGAAACAACCAGAUCCUUUGACUUCAACUCCAGCUCCAGCUCCAGCUCCAGCUCCAGAAGAUUUAUCUCCACGUACGUCAACAUCGCCUUUGAUGCAGGAUACUAACCAACAACAACAACAACAACCAGAUCCUAAUUACAAAGAACAUAUAUACAAUGAAGAUAACAACGGAAACUUAUCUCGAUACCAACAAAAGCUCCCUAAUGAGAGUGCAAUUGCAGAUGAAGAUGACGAUAUAGAUGAGCGUGGCGACUUCCCAUUAGCUGUGGAGUUGAAACCAUUCAAAAAUAAAGUCGGGGGACACACCGCUAUAUUCAAGUUCAGCGAAAGAGCUGUGUGUAAAGCAUUGGUUAACGCCGAGAACAACUGGUAUGAGACAAUUGAGAGAGAACAUAAAGAACUUCUUCAAUUCAUGCCAAGAUAUAUCGGAGUUUUAAAUGUCAGACAGCACUUUCACACAAAGGAAGACUUCUUACAAGAAAUAAAUAACGAAGGUGGUGUCGACUACAAGGAUGCUGGUAAUAAUAGCACCGUUAAUACCGAAAACACAAAAAAGGGAAACACUAAUUCAAAUAGUAAAGGGGACAUGACUAGAACCUCAUCGAACCGAGUUUUAUCACCAACACUACUUGGCCAAAAAGAGGAUGUAUAUGAUGACAUUACACCACUGCCGGAAGUGGUUUUAGAUGACAACAAGCAUAUCAUACCCAAUUCUCUGUACCAACAGUAUUCUUCAUCGCGCUCGCACUCCAACUCACCUUCAAGUGCACCAAUAGACUCUUUUCUCCUCAGCCACUCUCUUGAUGACGAUCAAGUCCUGAAAUCUGACUUCAAUCAAGGAUCAGGCUCUACUUCAGUCAAUACAAAACUACAAGAACUAGUGCUCAAGGAAGCCUUUAUGAAACGGAAACCUUCGAACUCUUAUCAGAGUUGUGCUCUAGAUCAUCGUAAUAGGGUUGGCUCUUCCUCGUCUUUAAAAGAAUGUAAAGCUUCAAGGUCUUCUUCUUCCUCGUCGCAUAAUAAAAUGAAAACACUGGGUAUCCAACCUUAUCAUCGUCGUAAUUCGACUAGGCACAACAUAACGCUCACCCCAAACCGCGGUGAUAACUCAGCUGUAGACGAUUAUGAUGAUGUUAUGUUCAAACUAGAUGAUGAAGUCCAUGAUGCAGAUAUCAAAUCACCGGAACAUGAGAAAGGUUCGUUCAAUCACGAAUCUGUUUCUCUCGAAGAGACGUCACAUACUAUUGUCUCGAAGUUUAUUUUACUUGAAGAUCUUACUAGGAAAUUAAAGUGCCCCUCGGUUCUUGACUUAAAGAUGGGGACAAGACAGUACGGUGUUGACGCAAAGAGAUCAAAGCAGUUAUCGCAACGUGAAAAAUGUAAGAAAACUACUUCUAGAAAGCUUGGGGUUCGGUUAUGUGGACUGAAGAUUUGGGAUAAGAAGAAAAAAUACUAUAUUACUAGAGACAAGUAUUUCGGUAGAAGAGUAAGAGUUGGUUGGCAAUUUGCUAGAGUUCUAGCAAGGUUUUUGUAUGAUGGUGAAACCAGAAGAAGCAUUAUUAAGCAAAUUCCCUUGUUGAUCCAACAAUUAGACACCUUACACAGUGAAAUAGGCAAGCUUAAAUCAUAUAGACUCUAUGGUUCGUCGCUGCUCUUAUUCUAUGACGGUGAUAACCCACAGAACAAAAGGUCGCCGGUGAAGGUCAACAUUAUCGAUUUUGCUAGAUGCGUUACAGAUCACGACAUUGAAAACCACCUUGACACCUUCAAGAUAGCUCCGCAUUUCCCCAAUAGAGAGGACCAAGGUUUCCUUCGUGGUGUAAAGUCUCUCAAAUUUUACCUGCUCCAUAUUUGGAAAUAUUUAACUAACGAUAACUCUAUCAUAUCUGAGGAAAGUUUGUUAGCGGAAUAUUUGGAUCAAAACAGCGAGAAGUUUGACACCUGUUGGGAUUGGUUAGACCAGUUUGAUAGCGAAGACGAAGCUGAUGCAAAUAAUGCACAAAGCCCAUUGAGAGUGAAGUGGAGGAAGUAUGAAUUGAUAUUCGACGUCGAACCUCGUUACGUAGAUGAAGAGAUAAGUGACUAG